GCGUGUUACCUGUCGUCAUGUUGAUAUCUAACAAAUUCGUGCAUUUUUUUGUUUUGUGCGCCAUCGGCACGUCGUUGAGCAGCCCGACUGAAUAUGUAAGCGAGGGUCGCGGUAUAGGUUCUACAUUAUGGGGCUGGAUAACGUAUCCAUUUACGUGGUGGAGUUCCACAUCAACUGAAAACGAAGUGGAAACCACAACGUCGAUAUUCACACACGAUAACAACAUAGAGAUAGCUAAACACAACGUCACAGUGUGGUGCAACGACCAGACCUGCACCACUAUGAAGUGUGACAAACACGGCUGCAGUAACAUUACCUGUAACAUAUACGACACGGAUAUGUCAGGAGUGUGUAGGGAAUAUACUAUCAAGCCUGAAGAAAUUCCAACUAGCAAACCAGUCACGCAAAUCACGGAGGAACAAAAGACAACAGUACCAACAGUAGUAGAAACUUCAUCAACACCGACAAGUAUUACGAACGCCGGAGUUGAAGAACGACCUUUAGAAUUAGAAGCGGUACUCUCUUCUACAGUUCCCAUUGAUGACGAAGAAAAAGAGGACGAUCAGUCUUAAUUUUACUAAAAUUAUUUUGUAAAUCAUAGGAAAGAUUGCAUGUGAAUUUAAUGUAAGUAAGGCAAAUAAUUCUAAUUUAAAUUUGCAUCCGCGUACUUAUGUAAAUAUUAUUUUUCAUCACUUUAAUUAGGUUAAAACAUCAACAGAGUUUGAAUAAGAUUGUCGUGAUAAUUGCAAAAGACAAAGGUGUAAAAUUUUAAUAAUUAAAAAUUUUAUUUGUUUUUUUUUUAUGUAAGGAACUUAAUUCCAUGCAAUCACAAUAACAUUUAAACCAUACCUGCAUAGUUUUAGGUCGAUUAAUUUAGGCUGCAUAUUAAUAUUUUAAGGUUAAAAUAGCAUUGUCGUUAACUUUUGUCCAUAAAAUGAAAUA